AUGUAUAUUUAUCUUCCUAAUGAUAAAGAAGGAUUAUCUGCUCUCCUUGAGAAAAUUGGCUCCACACCAGGGUUUAUUGAUAACCAUAUUCCACACCACCGUGUAUCAGUGGGUGCUUUUGGUAUUCCAAAGUUUAAGUUCUCUUUUGAAUUUGAAGCUUCAGAUGUUUUGAAGGAUAUGGGGUUGACUUCACCGUUUACUCGUGGAGGUAGUUUAACUGAGAUGGUUGAUUUCCCUACCAUGGCUGAAAAUCUGUAUAUCUCAAGCAUUCUUCAUAAAGCUUUUAUUGAGGUGGAUGAAGAGGGAACUGAAGCUGCAACGGUUUCUUUUGCAGACCUACUGACAUGCUCAGCAUGUCAAUCAAGAAAACCAGAUUUCAUAGCUGACCAUCCAUUUCUGUUCACGGUGAGAGAAGACAAGAGUGGAGUGGUUGUGUUCAUGGGUCAAGUUCUUGAUCCUUCAAAACAUUGA